AGACAAAAAAAAAAAAGGCAGACCACACAACUCGCACCGUACGCACGCCGUGACGACUAUCAAAGGGGUGGGCGGAGGAGAGACGAAACGAGGGGAAACGACAACGACCGAGCAUGCAAACCACCUUCGUGCCCAAUUGCGCGGCCACGCGGCGACUAUAGCUCUUUCCAGCAGAGCAAACGAGAAACGAAAACGAAAACGAACUGCGACCAGACUGGAGCUGGGAUAUCGGGGGAGGGGGGGAGAACUCGAUUCUGGCUUUUUUUUUCUCUUGCGCAAAAAGGGAAACGCCACCGGCACCGGCCUGGAGGAACCUCGCUCGCGAAACCCCUCGGCCCAUGGACCUGCACAGCAUCACGCUUCAUGCCGUGACCGCUCUCGGUGCUGUGUCCCUGUGACCGCGGACGACCGCACGAUCCCUCUUGUGAAGCACGAGAGCCCCGGGUUUCAAGAUGCGCCUGUCCCCCGGGUCGUCCGCGAGCCUUGGUGAUGUUCUUGUCCUGCUGCUGCCGCUCCUCGCUCCAGCAAACGCUGCUGCCGUGACCGACGGCCUCUGGUUGCAGCCCUCUUCGAAAUGGCUCGGCGUCGAUGGCACUUGGUCGACCUUCGAGCUGGCUGUGGGCGGCCCUGCCGUCACCGUCCAGCUCCUCCCGAACACUGCACUCUCGGAGAUAUGGGCCGUGUCGAAGAACAUCUGCCAAGGUGUUCAACAAUGCAUCACUGACCGUGGCGGCGUCUAUGACCAACGGUCUUCCAAGAGCUGCACGUCUAUUGGCACAUGGGCUCUUGGCCUGACGAACACCGGGUGGAACGAUAGCAACGGGGCCUAUGGCCUCGACACGGUUGCUGUGCACAACAGCUUGACCGGCAUCACCAACGACGCCAACGGCGCUCUCAUCGCUAGCAUUGAGAGCAUGGACUACUACCAGGGCUUCCUGGGCCUUGGAGUGACCCAGGGAAAGUUCAACAACAAGGUCGUCAACCCCUUCAUUUCGCAGCUGGCCGAGACCUAUGGCACCAUCCCCAGUCACAGCUAUGGCUACACUGCCGGUUUCUUUCACGCCGAGCCCAGCUGCCCAGGCUCUUUGAUACUCGGCGGCUACGACCCACUUCGAUUCGUGAGCCACAAGACCGAGUUUCGCCUCCACCCUGAUACACGACUGCCUCAGGCCCGCCUGCGAGGUAUCACCGUGCAGGCUGCCGACGGUACCAGCACGCCUUCGGCGUGGAACGGCUCCAGCAGUUCUCUUGUCACCAUGAGCGACUCGUUGAUGGUCAUCAUCGAUACGUCGCUGCCCUAUCUCACCCUUCCCCAGAUGGUCUGUGACCGUUUCGCGUCCGCCCUCGACCUCGUCUACAACGAUACACUGGGUGUGUACACCUACCGCACCAUCGACCAGUACAACUCGUUCCUAAAGGCCAAGCCUUUCAGCUUCACCUUCAGCCUAUCCGGCUGGGACAACACCGACGACUUCGGCAAGCCGCUCGAGACUCGGGGUGUGGUCAACGUCACCCUGUCCAGCGCCGCGUUCGCCCAGCUGCUCCGGUUCCCCUAUAGGAAAAGGAUGGCCAUCACGGACCCUUCGAUCCCGUAUUUCCCCCUGCGCCGCGCCAAAAACGUCAACGAGAUUGUGCUUGGCCGUGUCUUCAUGCAGGAGGCCUACCUAGUCACAAAGUACGACGAGGAGGUCUUCUCUGUCUAUCAGGCACGCUUCCCGAUCGACGCGGCCACCAACUACUCGGUCGAAAGCAUUGCGAGGUCCCCCAACAGCGAGUACCCGCAGUUUGUUGGCUUGCCCAAAUCCGGAGGGCCGGGAUUGGACGCCGGGCAGACGGCGGGCAUUGUCGUGUCCGUUAUCCUUGUUUCUGCUAUCUGUGCCUUCGCUUUAUGGUACUGCCGUCGCAGGCGGAGAAGGAGACAGGCCGUCAAAGAGAUGGUCUUGCCCCCGGAUAGCCCGAUGGACGAACUCAAGGACACCGAGUCUGCAAUGAAGGCCGACACGCCGCUGAGCCCGGUUGCCAGGAUGUUUGCCAUCCUGCAGGGGAGGAGGAGGACCAGGAUGGCUGAGACGACAGGUGGUGUUGAUGGCGGUCCACCGCAGCCCGCCGAGGUUGGGGCAGACGCCUCUCACGAGCGGUACGAGAUGCCCGCGCCUGUGGCCCCCGUCGAGCUUGCUGCCAAUGAGAUCCACUCAAGCGACGAGGCGACAGAGCUGGGCACCGAAGGCUCGCAACAGAACGUGAGCGAGUAUGAGCUAGAGCGAAGGAAGCUGCACAGGCAACUUCAGGGCCAGCUGCCUCUGUACACUGGCCCGCCUCGCUCGUUGGACGGCGCUGCAGAAGAGCAGGGCAAAUCACAGGACGUCAGCACCGUGGCGCACUACCGUCCUGAGACUGGUGAGGGCUCGUCGCCCAUAUCGUUCCCCUCGGACGGCAACAACAGCAACUCGUUGCCGUCGUUGCCAUCUCCCGUCUCGCCCCGCGAUCCUGAUUGGCUUGCUAUCAAAAUGGCAGGCCUUCCAUCGCCCAUGACCUUGGCACCCCAGUACCCUCCAGGCUUAUUCGGCCGCUCGAAGAGCAACGCUAACCGAAGCCUAACCUCGAGUCCCACGGACCCCUCCUUCUACAAACAAGCCCGAAAGGAUGCCGAAGAUACCGCUGUUGGUAGAUCGAUAUCCUCCUCUUCCCGCCAAAGUGGCGGCAGAGGCUCUUCCGUUUCGGACGGCUCCCAGUCCCCGACAUUCCAGCACAGCCCCAUAGACCACCAGGAGAUUGUAUGCCUUGGUCCGCUGCCAGAAAAUAUUCGCCUGCCGUUACAAAACCCGCCCAAGACCCGGCGCCAGCAACCACUAGUUCCACAACUGAUUGGGCCCGAGGGGCGCAAGGUCACGGCAAGUCCGAUACCAGAGGAUCCCGCCGACGCUCGGCAUCUGCGGAUACCCCCGCGAUCAGCUGCUUCUGUGCCGUCCUCUUCGCCAGGAUUACACACCGCAUCACCGCCACGCUCUGCUGGCGAUCCUCGAUUCAAUCUCAGGAUAGACCCCGGGCUUACAGCACCCCCAACUCCAGGGGUCAGGCGAGGAUCGGCCGACACUCUAGGGAGUAAUUUUACGGUCGAGGAGCAGGAGGAGGAAUGGAAACAAGUCGAGUUCACGCGGCAACAGAGCCUUCGCAUUGCCGGCACCCCGACGAGCCCCAGCAGUUUUGAGCGCUUCGACCCUGCGGCCGAGCUAGUCCACGUUCCUCAGGUUCCAGAUAAGCGAUACAGCUGGGAGGAGGAUAAGAGGUGACAACGGAGAGCAGGCGUGUCCCAAAUACCAUGAGGCGUUGUCUGUGUCACCUUCCUCCUUCCAUCCUUACCACUAUCAACCUUUUCAUGACUAGGAUUACAUGCAUCUGCGGAAAUACCCCGAGCUACUUCCCAAUACCAACAACCAUUUCACUUCUUCUUUCACUCAUUUGAACUCUUUUCUCGAUUACAUUUUCGUCUUGGGCAUAUUUAGAACGCCCCCGAUCUUACAAGAUAUAUGCUUUGGGACGCGGGCGUUGCAACAUUUUAAUCACGACGCCUGAGAAGCCGAGUGUUUGUCCAAGCAGCCCUUGCUUGCACCCACGGCUUCCACCCGGCAUCACUCGAACCACCGGAAAAGCGGUGACUGCAGAAAGCAGCCCUUUGGUUUUCUUUUCUCUCUCCUACAUAUACAACCAACCUGUCGGUUCUGGUUUUGCUGUCUACUCUUUCAUUUAUGUCAGCCACUUGGUGCUGGGGCGUCAAAGGUCGAAAUACCUCUGCAAUCGUUUCUUUUUUAUUGGCUGAGCCUUUGGCUUGGGCUUGCGAACCACCUCAUCUGGCGGCGCCCGAAAUUUCCUUUCAUUUUUCUCGUUUUUCUUUGGAAUUUUCCACUAUGUCGUGUGUUUUUUUUUUGUUUUUUUUCGGUAUUGGCCUCUCAUGGCCCUUCUGAGAAGUAUACCAAGACUUUACGAGAUACACGGGGAGCAUGGCUAUUCUCCAAAAAUCCAAGGUCAGGGACGCCACGGAUAGGAAAGGAGGUUGUCCGAUCUACGGCAUUGUCAUGCUAGUCAGCUAGGCAGCUAGGCACAGGUGGGGGAGCAAGGCUAAACUGGGGAGGUGUUGGCACUUGAUGCGUAUUGGAAAUAAAACGGUUUCUAGUCUAUUAUGGAAGUCCCAAGUAAAAUAAAGAAAGAAACAUCACAAAG